CUGAUUACUGAACAGACCAAGAUGAUUUUGUGGCUACUCUUCGUUGUUUGGGUGGCACUCGAGCAAACUGACUCUGCCCAGUCGAGUGAACGGCGAGUUGUAGCCCACAUACCUGGAGACAUCAUAAUUGGAGCCUUGUUCUCCGUGCAUCAUCAGCCUCCUGCUGACAAGGUUCAUGAACGUAAGUGUGGCGCGGUUCGAGAGCAGUACGGUAUUCAGCGGGUGGAGGCGAUGAUGCACACACUGGACCGCAUCAACGCAGACCCUCACAUCCUUCCCAACAUCACCCUUGGAUGUGAGAUCCGUGACUCCUGUUGGCACUCCGCUGUGGCUCUGGAGCAGAGCAUUGAGUUUAUUCGGGAUUCGUUGGUAUCCUCUGAUGAAGCAGAGGAGUGGGGUGGAGGAAACCCUUGGGGAGGAGGCGCCGGGGGUGCAACCAUGAAGUGCACAGACCCCUCUACCACUCCCAUGCGAGGGAAAAAGCCCAUUGUGGGUUUAAUCGGGCCAGGAUCAAGCUCAGUAGCCAUCCAGGUCCAGAACCUUCUACAACUGUUCAACAUACCACAAAUUGCCUACUCUGCUACUAGCAUGGAUCUAAGUGAUAAGAGUCUUUACAAGUACUUCAUGCGGGUGGUGCCAUCCGAUGCCCAACAGGCAAGGGCUAUGGUGGACAUAGUCAAGAGAUACAACUGGAGCUAUGUGUCUGCCAUAAACACUGAAGGCAAUUAUGGAGAAAGCGGGAUGGAAGCGUUCAAGGACAUGGCAGCCAAGGAGGGCAUUUGUAUCGCUCAUUCUGGCAAAAUCUGGAGCAAUGCUGGAGAGCAGAGCUUCGACCGAUUGGUGGAAAGGCUGAGGUCCCACCUGCCCAAGGCCAGGGUGGUGGCAUGUUUCUGUGAGGGCAUGACUGUCCGCAAUAUCCUCAUGGCUAUGAGGCGCCAAGGACUUGUGGGAGAGUUCCUUUUGGUUGGCAGUGACGGCUGGGCGGACAGGUACGAUGUGACAGACGGUUACGUGAAGGAAGCCGCUGGUGGCAUAACGAUCAAACUACAGUCUGCUGACGUCAAGUGGUUUGAUGACUACUACCUUAAACUGCGCCCUGACAACAAUCUCAGGGACCCCUGGUUUACAGAAUUUUGGCAACAUCGCUUUCACUGCCGACUGAAGGGGCACCCACAGGAGAGCACCAAGUACAACCGCACCUGUAGCAAGCGAGAAUCUCUCCGGCAGCAGUAUGCGCAGGACACCAAGAUGGGAUUUGUCAUCAAUGCCAUUUAUUCGAUGGCAUAUGGCCUGCAUAACAUGCAACGUGCACUGUGCCCAGGCUAUCAGGGCCUGUGUGACGCCAUGAGGCCUAUUGAUGGCGCUACACUGCUGGACUUCCUAAUGAAAACUAACUUUACUGGCGUAUCUGGGGAGGGAAUCCUCUUUGAUAAGAAUGGAGACUCGCCUGGCAGGUAUGAAAUCAUGAAUUUUAAGAAGAUGGGGAAGGACUACUAUGACUACAUUAAUGUGGGUAGUUGGGACAACCGUGGACUAAAAAUAGACGAUGACGAAAUCUGGUCAAGCAAGGAUGUUGUCAUCAAGUCAGUUUGCAGUGAUCCCUGUGACAAGGGGCAAAUUAAGGUGAUCCGCAAAGGUGAGGUGAGCUGCUGUUGGACGUGUACUCCCUGUAAAGAAAAUGAGUUUGUAUUUGACGAGUACACUUGCCGAGCUUGCGACCUUGGCUCCUGGCCCACUGAUGACCUCACAGGAUGUGAUCCAAUCCCAGUGGAAUACCUACGAUGGGGAGACCCCGAACCCAUCGCUGCCGUGGUAUUUGCUUGCCUUGGGCUCAUGGCCACAUUCUUUGCCACUGCCGUCUUCAUUAGGUUCAGGGACACUCCUGUGGUGAAAUCCUCCAGCAGGGAGCUGUGCUAUAUAAUACUGGCCGGUAUCUGCCUGGGGUACCUGUGUACCUUCAGCCUCAUCGCCAAACCGCAUGUCAUCCACUGCUACCUCCAACGCCUUGGAAUUGGCCUGUCACCUGCCAUGAGUUACUCUGCUUUGGUCACCAAGACCAACCGCAUUGCGCGGAUCCUGGCAGGCAGCAAGAAGAAGAUUUGUACAAAGAAGCCUUGUUUCAUGUCUGCCUGCGCUCAGCUCAUCAUUGCCUUCCUGCUCAUACUACUACAGCUAGGCAUCAUUGUGGCACUCUUCCUCAUGGAGCCACCCCGGGUGAUCUAUGACUACCCCAGCAUCCGUCAAGUCAAUCUCAUAUGCAACACCACUAACUUGGGUGUGGUUGCCCCUUUGGGAUACAAUGGCCUGCUCAUCCUCAGCUGUACCUUCUACGCCUUCAAGACCCGCAACGUUCCUGCUAAUUUCAAUGAGGCGAAGUACAUUGCCUUUACCAUGUACACCACCUGCAUUAUAUGGCUGGCCUUCGUUCCCAUCUACUUUGGCUCCAAUUAUAAAAUUAUCACCAUGUGCUUCAGUGUCAGCCUCAGCGCCACAGUGGCCCUUUGCUGCAUGUUUGUACCAAAGGUAUACAUCAUUCUGGCCAAACCGGAGCGAAACGUACGGAGUGCCUUUACCACCAGUACGGUGGUGCGCAUGCAUGUGGGCGAUGGCAAAUCAUCCUCAGCUGCUAGCCGUUCUUCGAGUCUGGUUAACUUGUGGAAACGCACAGGGUCCACUGCAGAGACUCUCAGCUCGAACGGCAAGUCGGUGUCUUGGGCCCAGACCGAGCGCAACAGUUCGCACGGGAACCACUUGUGGCAACGUCUGUCCUUCCACAUCAAGAAGAAAGAGAACAAUCAAACUGCAGUCAUCAAGCCCUUUUCCAAGACAUCUGAGGAGCGUUACUGUAGAGGAGCCGACCUGCCUCCACACAUGCCCCUGCCUUCCCUUCCCUCUGUAUCUUCCCUGCCUUCUCAUAGCGAUGCUGGUGCCGACAAGAACCUGUACGACGUAUCUGAAGCUGAGGAGAGAUACUCCCUCACUUAUCGACCACAAACGCCCUCCCCAAUCAGCACGGUGAGCCAGAGACUCGGUCCAGGUUUGGAGGAAGAGCCUCAGAUGGCAGGUGUCGCCAAGUAUCCCAGCAGUACUUGCAGCCAGAGCAGCGGCAGCAGUUAUGGUUACGUCAGCAGUAACUCAGGUGUGGCCGGGAGUGACGGCCGCCUGAUCAUCUUGGAGGGUCGCCCAGUGGCGUGCCAAAGCAACCUGAUGGAUCAGAUCAGCUGCGUGGUGAACCGCUUUACCGCUAACAUCAGCCAACUCAACACUAUGAUGCUAUUGUCCUCUCCCACGCACCCCAAUGCACACAAACACUCGCCACCACCGCCGCACCCUACUGACCCCUAUCUUCUUCCUCGUGAGAUUCAACCACCUCCCGUCCUCACCACCUACGCUGACGUCCAACCCCAUCCCCAUCCCCAUCCCCUCGCCGAGUCAAGCUUGGGGCGCCGGGGCGGCUGUCCCGUUCACCCAGUCCCUCUUCUGCAUUCGCCCUACCCUCUUCCACCUCCUCACCCCCAGUCCUCUCCUUCCAUUUCCCCCAUGCGAGGUGGCUUGGUCACCUGCCUCAUGGACUCCCCACUGAGGAGGGUGGAAUUGGAGGAGGAGCUCAUUGCUUUGACUCCCCCGUCACCCUUCCGGGACUCUCUGGCAUCUAGCAGUAGCUCGGCUGUGUCUGAGAUAGAUCUGUGUCUCCCCCCGGUACCUUCCCAUCCGCCCCCGUCCCCUCCUUCGCCCAGGUACAAUAGACUCAAUCUCAGAAACUACAGCCAGAGUUCCUCUUCACUGUGAGGUAGACAUGACGCAAGGGGAAGAGGAGCAAGUCAAGAAAAGCGGAUGGAUCGACUGAAAUCCAUUCAUCCCCGCGAGGGUGUGAAAGUUUUGUGUUUACAUGUGUGCAGUGAGAUCAUAUUUUCAUAUUGAUGUUCCCGUACAUCAGAAUUGGAAAUGUGGUUUGAAAAUGUGUAUUAGGAUUAGAUUGUGGCCUUAAGGUAACAUGGCUGUCAGCUAAUUAGAGAUAGCAAUUGUGCACUCGAGGUGCGUGUGGAUGUAUGUAUACCUCCAUGAGUGUGUUUUACUUGUCUUAAGGAGAAAUGGGCAAAGGGAAAUGUUUGUGGACCAACUAAAAGUUCCUAAAGGGCAAAUAAACUGUACAGUUGAUCUGCUGUACCGCAGUCAAACACGCACAGUCUGUGUGUGGAGACUCACGCAACAAGCAAAACUGUAAAUA